UCACUUCCCUGUGACGGGCUGCUGAAAAUAAGGGCGGCCAUGUUGUGUUGGUGAAGCGGAGCAGCUCGCAGUGACUGUGUCGAAAUUCACGUUAUUAAAUGAACUGAAGUGGUACAGACAGCGAUUUCUGCCUAUAACCAAACCUGCGGACUGAAGUAGGUCCCACGGACGGAAAUCGAUUACUUUUAACUGCAGUCUCGCCGACGUCUGAGCCAGAAUGAGCGGAGGAACCCCGUAUAUCGGGAGCAAAAUCAGCCUGAUCUCUAAGGCCGAGAUCCGCUAUGAGGGCAUCCUCUACACCAUCGACACCGAGAACUCCACCGUCGCGCUGGCUAAAGUGCGCUCCUUUGGAACUGAGGAUCGCCCCACUGACAGACCUAUACUGCCCAGGGAUGAGACAUAUGAGUACAUCAUCUUCAGAGGCAGUGAUAUUAAAGACCUGACGGUUUGUGAACCUCCCAAACCAACUUUGCCUCAGGACCCUGCUAUUGUUCAGUCUUCUAUGGGAUCUUCUUCUGCUCCAACAUCCUUCCAGUGUGGAAACUCUUAUGGACUGUUCAAACGGGCUCCUGUGGCCCCAUAUAGCCAGUUUACUAACAGCCCGUUGGUUUCACCCCCAUUUGGGGCUGUUGGAGCUCGCAGCAGUCCUCCCCUGGAGUCCUUGCAGAAGAGCCCGCUGCAGGAGCCGACAGCACCGCCAGCCCCGUCUGUGAGUGCUGCUGCUCCUGCACCGGUGGGCCGGAGGAGUCCUAUCGCAGCACGUCUGACCACAUCUGGUAACCAGAAGCCGCUGGACAUCCUGGAGCAGAGGAGGGGUACUGAAGCGCCAAAAGUGGCCACUCGACCCGAGUCUGAUCAGUCCAGAGGUGAAAACAAGGAUGCCUCUAAGCGGCAAGCAGCUGCUGGCCCACCAGCUCCCCGUCGUGGUCGUGGAGGAGGUCAUCGUGGGAGAGGGCGUUUCCCUGUGAGGAGAGAUGGACCAAUGAAGUUUGAGAAAGACUUUGACUUUGAGAGCGCCAAUGCUCAAUUUAACAAGGAGGAGAUUGACAAGGAAUUCCAGAGCAAACUUAAGCUGAAAGAUGAGAAGACAGAAAAGGCGGUGAAUGGGGAGGAUAAAGGUGACUCUGGGGUGGAUACUCAGAACAGUGAGGGUAAUGCUGAAGAGGAGGAUCCACUAGGCCCUAACUGUUACUAUGAUAAGUCCAAGUCCUUCUUUGACAACAUCUCCUGUGACGACACAAGGGAGAGGCGGCAGACCUGGGCAGAGGAGAGGCGGAUGAAUGCUGAGACAUUUGGGAUCCCGUUGCGUCACAACAGAAACCGUGGAGGCUUCCGGGGCCGUGGGGCCAUGGGAUUCCGUAGCAACCGCGGUCGUGGAGCACGGGGAUCGUUUGGAGCCUCACAUACAGGUGGCAGCGGUUUCAGAGGAGGGUUCAGAGGAGGCCAGGGAGGAAGGGAAUUCUCUGAUUUCGAAUACAGGAAGGACAACAAAGUAGCAGCAUAGUGCAAGAGAGAGCCGGCUCUACAAGAAGAUCUAACUCAUGGGGUAUACAUUUUUGGUCACUACUUUUGACUACAGGAAUGAAGAAAAAAAUUACUAGAUGUAUAUUUGUCACCAGCACUGGUAUAGACCACUUGAUAAGUGGAUGUAAAUGCAAUUUCUUUUCCAUAUCUUAUUAAAGAGUGGAAAUGUUUCCGCCUUUUCAAAUGUUAAUCUGACCAGAAUAUUUCCAGAUUGAUAAUUCUGUGUAUGUGCAUACUUCAGAGGGACUUUUUUUUUGUUUUUUUGUUUUCCCUGUACUAGAUUUGUAUUUAAUGAUCUGUUAGACAUAAAGUGACAGUGUACAUAUGCCCACAUACUGUGAGUACUUGAUCACUGAAAUAGCUUUAUUAUUGUUAUUAUUUUAAGUAUAACUUCCCUCUUUAGCACUAGAACAGCCAGGUCGGGUCUCAGUUACAGCUUUUUACUGUAUUUUUCUACUUACUUACAUUGUUCACCCGAGUUAGGUAGCAAGUGUGAUUACACUUCACCUGUUCAAACAACUAGUGUGCAUUGUUGGUUUUCCGUAAAUGCUUUUACUUUUGUGUUUAAUAUCUUAACAAACGUUUGUAUGUGAGGUUGUAGUUAAUGCAAACGUUUCUCAUCAAUGUGAGCUGUUAGAUAUGGACACAGGAAUGACUAUGUUGACUUGCAGUGGGUUUCACUACAAAGAUUUAAGCGUUAUUUUCUGGGCUUAGCUGCAUUGCCUCUGGAAAACUCAAAUCCUGAAAUGUUCAACCUUUAGGUGUCCUAAUGCCCAUGCCUUUAUAUGGCAUCAUUCAAUUUGUGUCUGCUUCACUGUGCACACCUACGUCAUAAUUGUGCCUGGCCGUCUGCCAUACAGUCAGUUGUAAGCUGUAAUCCAUGCAUUUCUGCCACCACUGUUCAGAUGACCGAUACUGUUAGGUGACCAAUAGAGUAUCUUCAUUUUCAUUGGCCUCUUCCAUGUGUGACUUGUUUCUGACAACAGGACAGUUAUUAGCUGAGUAUGUUUUAUAUCUACCACUGUAUGCAAAAGUUUGGGUGCCCCUGGUCAAAAUACAUGAAAACAUUUUCAGAGAAAUGCCAUAUUUAUGUAUGUUCCCUGCAGAGGACGUGUUAACUUAUUUCCACUUAGAAAAUCACCAAAACAAAUAAUUUGACCAGGGCUGUGCAAACUUUUGUAUGACUGUAACUACCUUUAAUAUACGCUAAUCUUUUACAGACAUGUUUAAAGCUAAAGCAUAUUAUGCAGCAUAAUUACCUUUUGUCAGUGACAUACAUAAUAAGAUUAGUUAGCACCAAGAGUGAGAUAUUAAAACACUCUUCUUGUUAAGUUGUAUAUAGACUUAAUCUUUAAGCAAAGCCUAUUUAUUAGAAACCAUUGUUGUCACUGGCAAGAUAGCUAUGUGGGAUACGAACGUUAUAUCUGGUUUCCCAUACAUGGAUUAAGUCUAGUCUUGAACAAAAGAAAUUCCGUAUUAAUGGUGAUUCAUUGGAAAUUCUUUAGUCCAAGGUUACGCCACAAAUUUUGGUCUUAAAACCUGGAUUUGUAAGUGUACAGUCUUGCUAUGCUUUAGUUAUAUUUGUAAGCGUUUGCAUGUACAGCUUCUAUAUAUGCCAUUUUAACUACACAUGUACAGUAACAAAUACAAGAACAAGUAAGCCUAGCAUGUAGUCAGGUUUCAUGUGCUGAUGAGAAUAUGCUGAUAUGACUUUGAUCUAGAUAUGCUUUAGUCAGUCAUCUCACUUGUGGUGCCAGAAUAGUUGCAUUGCUGCCUACUACUGGUCAUGUAAGGUAUGACAGACCACUGGCCUCAAGUACAAGGCAAGUGUACCUAAUGAAAAGUAUGAAAGCAUAUCAGUAUCAAAAUAAAAAUGAAAGUGGCAGUGUAAUCCUAAGUUUGAAUUUAAAUUUCCCACUCAUACAUGCAACUUUGGGCUCAAAAUGAAAAUUCAUUAAUUCCAUUUAUAUUUGCCGUUUGAUGCACUAGUAUCGAUGUGUCAUUUACACAGAUUUAGACGCUUCCAGUAGCUUUAUUUAAAUGUAUUUCCAGACAUACUGCGCUCAUUCUGAUGUGAUGACAGAUCAAUAUAUCCACCUCUGAUGCUCACUUUAUAAAGGAAGUCCCUGCAUGGCAUCAACUGGAAGCUCUGUGUCCAGCCUCACUUUCAGUCUCCGUUAUCAGUUUAUGAAAUGAAGCCCAAGUUAGCUUCUUUUCUGAAUUUUCCAGGUUCACCUUAAAUGGUGCUGCUGUAACCUUUGGGUGCAUUGAGGCUGCACUGUUUAAGGUGGACCCGAAAAUUUGAAAAAGAAGCUGACGAUAAGGAACCUAAGUUCAGCCUCGUUUUAUUAACCAGAUCAAUAAACCAGGAAACUUGGCCACACAUUCGAUUAAGCACUUUUUCAUGGGGUCAUGUAUAAAGACAUUAAGCAUUACCAGUCUCUGUAUUUCUGCUCUUUACCUUAUCUGCUCACGUAAGAGUAGCUAUAGACUCUUCGACUGCCGUGUCUUUAUAGAAAGCCUUUUCUCUGCGCUCUUGGACCCGGUCUGGUGGGAUGAUGGACGUGUUGGGAAGACCAGGAAAAUGAAAACGCAGUCUGGUCAAAUGCAUAUUCAAAGGCAUUUUGACACAGAGUGAUCGCAGUAUGUGAGAAUAUGUAAUUGCAAAGCGGAGAGGUGCUGUUUCCCAUUUAAAUUUGAAUUUUGACACUUUUCCGGCUUGGUGGUGUCUUUGAUAAUACAGUUUCAAAAACCUUAUUAGACAGUGCAAAUGCAUAUACGAUAAAUUGUAUUUUAAUUAUCAUUUUGACACCAUUGUUGCAUAAUCACAUAACGCAUGAAUAUGUAGUUCUGGAACUAUAUUUAACUUUAAAUGAAGCUACUCAUAAAGCAUCCAAAUCUCUGUGUAAAUGAAAUGUCAAUACUAGUGCACCAAAUGGCAAAUAUAAAUGGAAUUAUUGAAUUUGAAUUUUCACUUUGAGCCCAAACUUGUAUGUAUGAGUGGACAAUUUAAAUUCAAACUUAAGGUUACACUGCCAUUUUGCAUAUUACAUUUUUAUUUGAAUUUUGAAACUGAUAUGCUUCCAUAGAAAAAGCGCUUUAUCCCUUAUACAUUGCCAGAGUAUUUGCUGAUGCGUUAAAAACAGUUUUAAGAGAGUAUUAUAGUAGUCUGGGUACUUGCACAGAAGCUGCACUAGUUAGCAGUGUGGUGAGUAAGUGAAUGUAAUGUACAGAUUGGCCGUAUAUAAAAGAUUUGUGCCAUUGCAGAAGGCUGUUUAAUUAGUCAUUGCAUUCCUCUUGCAUUGCCUGUAUCGCUGUAUGGAACAAUGAGUGGCUGCUGUAUCUUUUAUAAUAUCAGUCGUCUAUUGUAUACAUCCUACGGAGUCUAGUUUCACUGGCAUGCUUACCUGUUGAAACUGGACUGGACUGGAUAUCAUAAUGUUUGAUUUAGCUGACUUUGGUAUGUACACGUUGUAAGUUCCUGUCUACACCUGUGGUGUGCAUUAUGUGCAAUCUGUUCAGUCCCACUUCCAAUGAGAUGUUUCACUGUGUGGGUUACUACUGCAUAUGAAGUCUUUAUUGUUCCUGCUAAAGAGGUUUAACAUUUUAAAUUUAUUCUGAUGCUGCAACCUGAUGAACUAAUGUCAUAAUUUGGUAACCUCAGUAUUAUGAAAUAUCUUUUCCAUAUUCAAACAUUAUCUGUUUACCUUAAGCUUGUGAACAUCACAUAGUACGGGGUAAGACAACCCAACAAACCAGACCUCUACUCUAUAAUCACUACACCCAGUGUAAACACUACUCUCAGUGCACUCAGCCAUAUACACUUACAGUUAAAGUGAAAAUACAGUCAGAAUGUUGGGGGGGAAAGAACAAAAGACAUAUUCAGACGUAGAAAAAUAAAGAUUAGGCUUGAGUAAAAGUAAUGGAAAUGUAGAGUGGAGCACUGUCCAGGUUUACUUGAAUGUAAGUGUAUUUAAUUCUUGGAACUAAGCUUUGCGCACAACUACACGCAAUACUCACUACUUACAAAUGAUCUGCUCGUUUCAUUUCCAUACGGCCUCUCUCAUUCAUGCAAGGUCUAAUUCAUCUGAAUUGUUAUUACCCAUUUUGCCUGUGCCCUUUUAUGUUCAUCAGUUGUUACUGUUUUGAAAAUAGAAAUUUGUCCUACAGGAAGAUUUUGGGCUGUAUUGUUUAAGGAUUAUGUCCCUAACUGAAUUGUGACAUUUCCAGAUGGUGGUGAUCUCUUAAUGUUUGCUUCAUCCAACUUCCCAUUAACCGCAAAUCAGUUUGGUGUACUUCUGUCAUGGGCGCUAGCACUACAGCAAUAAUUUUGACAUCUUGUUUCAACCGUCAUUGAACAACUGACAAUUCCUGGGUGCUGUAAAAUGCCAAUAGCAUAUUAAAGUGCAAGUAGCUACUUGUAGAUCAAAACCUGAUUCGAUUAGUGGGAAAUUGUUUAGAAAUGUCUGUCUGCACUCGUUUCUGUCCAGUUUCUCUAUCCUCAGAGGCUUACUGUAUUUUGAGCAUGGCUAACUUUAUAAAGGAGUUCUCUGGAUGUAAGCAUUUAUAAUGGAAUAGUCAAAAUAUUGUUCCAGAUUUUUUUCACAGUCUUAAGAACCUAUGGAAAAAUGUUCUUAUCAAUAGAUGCUAGCUUAUGAAGUUUUGCACACUACCUGAACAAGUAAGGGUUAUAAUGGAAUGUUCACUUUGGAUUUUGCCAGACGCUUUAACAGUGUUUUAAUGAAACAAUUCAAGAGACUCAGCUUUACCGUUUAAUUGAAAUGAUCUGUCAGAUUAGUCAUUACAUAUUCAGUGGCUUUAGGGAUGUAUUAUUUUUGAAGCUAAAGUAAAAUCCAGCUUUCUUACAGGUACACAGCGUCUGUCUAUAUAAUAUUCCUAGUAUGUGAAAGCAGAAUCAGGUCUUGCUGAUCCAUGAUCAGCGCUUUUAAUUUAGAGGUGUUUAAUACAUGUAUACAGACAUUCAGUUGCGUUCACAGUUGGACACCCAGGAAGCAUGCUGGUGUUGCCAGGAGCCACCAAAUCUCGACACAACGUAUGGCGAUGCUUGUGAGGCAAAUACUGUUACUGAAAUGUUCUGUGAUUGCGUACCACCAGUUUCUUUUCGUGUUGGUUUACCUUUGCAUUUCUUUCUUUAUGUACAUCUACAGUAACAUUUUUGUUCAUUUUCAGCCCCAGCAUGGGGGAUGUACCUCAGUGUAAAGAGGUUUUUACUCUGAGAUAAUAAAAAUAAACAGUUGUCCUUUA